AUGGGGGCCAGACUACAGCGUCGCCCUGCUCGAGUGGGACGGCGUGACCAACCCUACCUCCUCAUCGGCGUGGAUCAAGAGCGACGGUUGAAGCUGACCGCUGCCGACGGCAACUUUUGUCCGAGCCACAACAGCUUCUUCCGCAAUUCUGAUGAGACGGAGACACACUUCACCUUCCAAGCCGCGGCUAACGCCAAUCGCGCAUGCGACAGCAACCGCUACGUCAUGGUCCAGCCCAUCACCGCCAACGACGGCACACUCAACAUUGGCAUCCGCCAAGCUUCCACUUACGAGUGGGCCGAGCCUAGCGUGUAA